AUGGAAAGGAACGAGAAAACAAGUCUGAUCGAUAGAAUAUUUUCUUGGUCUAUCAAAGAUGUUUUCAACAGUGAUCUCUACAAGCAUAAGUUAAAGAGAAUAUCCGACAGAUUUAGAACCACUGAUGAAUACUUUCAGUGUUUUGUUCCUCAUCUGCUUGAAGAGACUCGAACCGAGUUUCUAUCAAGCUUCAAAUCUGCAUCGAAAGCUCCUGUCUUUCAAAUACGUUCUAUGGAGGCAAAGGGAUCAAUCGGAAGUUCAUCAAACAGACUGUUCUACGAUAUUACACUCAAGGAUGCAGGUACUAUUUUAGGAAAGUACCAGCCAAAAAGUGGAGAUCUUAUUGCUCUCACAAAGGAAAAACCAAGAAGAAUCGAUGACCUAAAUCCUUUACUUGUCGCCAACGUUUUCUCCUCGGACGGUGAUCUUAUGAUCUCUGUUCAAACGUCUAGAUCGGUAUCUAAUCUCGAGGAAAAAUCAAUUCGCUUUGGUGUUUUCCUCAUGACUUUGACGACAAACACAAGAAUUUGGAAUGCUUUGCAUAACGAAGCUGGAAGUAAUUCUACUCUAAUCCAGAGUGUGCUGCAACCAAAUACUCCGACUCCAGUACAAUCUCUUUGUUGUGGAAAUGAUUUUGAGGGUUUCGGUUCUAACCAUGUUUUGGAUAUAAUCCGUUCAACGAAACUGAACUCUUCCCAAGAAGCUGCAGUUUUGGGCUGCCUUAAGACAAGUAAGUGUCAUCACAAGAACAGUGUGAAACUGAUAUGGGGACCUCCUGGAACUGGCAAAACAAAGACGGUGGCCACUCUUCUCUUAGCCCUUCUCAAGCUUAAGUGCAAAACAGUUGUUUGUGCUCCUACAAACACAGCUAUUGUCGAAGUUACAUCGAGGCUCUUAUCUUUAUUUAAGGAAAAUUCUUCUACUAACAGGCUUGGUAAUAUUGUUUUAUCUGGAAACAAAGACAGAAUGAGGAUCAACACGAACGAUCAUGUUCUUCUCGAUGUGUUUCUUGAUCAUCGCAUCAGUAAACUCGAUAGCUUGUUUUCGCCAUUUUCUGGAUGGAAACAGAGAUUGGAGUCAAUCAAAGACUUUCUUGAGAACACAGAGGCUAAGUACGAGAGACAUGUAUACGAGUUAAAAGAAGCUCAAAGGUUGAAGCAAAACGCUGAAAAGAAGAAGAGACAACAAGUCCUAAACAUUCCUACAUUAGCAGAGUAUGUAAAGAACACGUUUCAUGUCUUAAGCGAAGAAUUGGAGACGGAUAUGGUUGAUUUGUGCACGCAUCUUCCAAAGUCUUUCAUUACAUCUGAAAAUGUCAAGGAAAUGCUCGCUGCCCGUCAAAAUCUUCAACGAGUCAGAUAUUACUUGCAGGAGAAUGCUUCUAGAGAUGAUUUCAUAAAGGGAAGCUUCAAGUUUGAUUGUUUCAAGAGAUUGAUUCGUGUUGAUUGCCUUAAGGCCCUAAGUUUGGUUCCUAAACGUUUUGAAAUUCCAGACUUGUUGGAAAAUGGAGAUACUAGGAAAUUCUGCUUACAACAUGCACAUAUAAUCUUCUGUACAGCCUCUGGUGCAGCAGAAAUGAAUGUGGAAAGAACUGGAAACAUAGAGCUUGUUGUUGUUGACGAGGCGGCUCAGCUUAAAGAGUGUGAAUCUGUUGCUGCGUUGCAACUUCCUGGACUGCGUCAUGCCAUUCUAAUAGGAGAUGAGCUUCAGCUACCGGCAAUGGUUCAAAGCGAGAUAUGUGAAAGGGCGAAAUUCGGAAGAAGCUUGUUUGAGAGAUUGGUUAUACUUGGUCACAACAAACACUUGCUUAAUGUUCAAUAUCGAAUGCAUCCGUCUAUUAGCUGUUUCCCCAAUAAGGAGUUUUACGGUGGGAGAAUCACAGAUGCUAAAAUUGUUCAAGAAAGCAUUUAUCGAAAACAGUUUCUUCAAGGAAACAUGUUUGGCUCUUUCUCGUUUAUCAAUGUUGGUCGAGGGAAAGAGGAGUUUGGUGAUGGACAUAGCCCUAAAAACAUGGUUGAAGUUGCUGUGAUUUCUGAAAUCAUAUCCAAUCUUUUCAAAGUUUCAAGGGAAAGAAAGAUGAAGAUGAGUGUUGGAGUGGUUUCACCAUACAAAGGUCAACUUAGGGCAAUCCAAGAGAGAAUUGGUGAUAAGUACAGUUCUUCCGUACAAGGUCAUGAGCUUUUCACUUUGAAUGUUCGGUCUGUAGAUGGUUUUCAAGGAGGGGAAGAAGACGUAAUCAUCAUCUCUACCGUGAGAAGUAACGGUAACGGUAAAGUUGGGUUUCUCAACAACCGGCAAAGAGCCAACGUGGCACUUACUCGAGCAAGGCACUGUCUUUGGGUGAUAGGGAACGAGGCAACUCUGGCUCUGAGUGGUUCGAUAUGGGCAAAACUGAUAAGUGAGUCGAAGAGACGUGGCUGCUUCCACGACGCUUCGGAUGAGAAGAAUCUAAGAGAUGCAAUGAAUGAGGCUUUGCUUGAAGAUGUGUCUUCCAGUUUUGGAUCUCUUUCUAUUGGAAAUGGUAGAAGAAAUGUUUGGUAG